UGUAACCCUAACCUUGAGCAGAUAAGUAAAGCCCAGUUUUUUAUGGGCGGAGGACUACUACUGCAGAUACAGAGGACCCCCAUAGAAGCAGACAUACUAAUUUAUCAAUCGAUUGUCUCAGGGGGAUAUACUGAUAGAAUGAAACCAAAUACGAAGUCAGGACUAGGAGAGAUCAUUGACCAAAGAGAAACAACUGACCAUCAGCCCGCCUGUCAGUUUGUGUACGCCCUCUACAAGGAGGUCACAGCUCUCACUGACGACAAGGAGGAGUUUGAAAUAACAGAUCUUAUCCUCAAUGUUAAUAAGUCACUGGAGGACUUCAUUGAGAAGGAGCAUUAUAAAUCUGACAAAAAAAAUACAACCUGGAAUAUCGAACCUCCCGAGGUCCCGGUGUGUAUAGAUCAGCUGACCAAGAAACUGGUGCUGAAGACACGAUAAAAUAUAACCUUGAAUAUCGAACUCCCGGAUUCCCUGUGUAUAUAGAUCAACUGACCAAGAAGUAUGCAUUUGAGGCACAUUGAAGAAAGACUUAUAUCCAGAGAUCUAUUGAUCUAGAUUACAUGUGAUAUGUUAUUUUUGUUUAUAAUAUAUUUUGAUUAA